AUAUAAACAGCGCCGGGAGUUUCCGUGAAAUCACACUCAGACGUCAAGACUGAACAAUGGUUAACAUGAGCUAUCACCAAUCUUUACUAAAAUAUCAACACUCCGUUUUAAGUCAGUCGAGAAGGCGAACGAAUAAAAGAAAAAAGAAUAAUUGGAACAAACCAUCUCCAACAAAUUACCAGACUUGAUUAACAGAGACUUUCUAAAGGUCCAGUGUGAACCGUGUGACCGAAUAUCUAAGUGUUGUGACUGAUUGGCGAGAUGACUGCCGAGUGGCUACACCUGCCCCCGCCGUACCCCCCUGGUGUGGGGCCGUUGUAUGGUGCAGAGUUGGAGGCGUGGUAUGAGGACCUGCAGGAUAUUCUGGGCUCAGACACAGGAGGGGCAAAACUGGCACGUGCCCCCACAUGCACAGAGAAAGAGCCAGAGUUUCUGGAUGUUCUGGAGAGUUGCUCUCUGACAUGGCUGACUGACGGAAAUCAGACGUGGGGUGAGAGUGUUCAGAGGGCAACCGAGGAGAUCCACACCAUCCAGCCUCUGCAUCACACCUCGCCGUCCUCCUCGUCUUCAUCUUCCUCCUCCUCCUGCACGAGUCCAGCGGUUGCAGAGGAGCGGCAGGUGGAGGCUGAGAGCGGGAGAAGUGGAGAUUGCUCGACAGGAGGUGGCAGCGACUUGCUGCCGCCAGAGUUCUUCGAAUUGCUGAGCGAAGGAGGAAUGGGAAUGGUGGAUCCGAGUGGAGCAGGGAUCAGUGGUGGCUAUUAUUACCAUCACCAUCAACACCACCAUACCAACGUCCCAUCUGCAUCUCCGUCGGCCAGUGAGGAAGAACUCCCCUGCGUCCCAGAUUCUCCAUCCUGCUCAUCUUCAGCUUCCCAGUCACCGUCUCAGAAUUGCUCUCCGCCCUCGUCACCCGUCUCCUCUCCUUCCGUGUACCCAUCUUCCCGCCUGGGGAAACGCAAGAGGACCUCCAGCGAUCGGGCUAACAGUGCCUUGUCCUCCUUCUCUUCCUCCAGUCAACGUUCGUGCUACUCAUCUUCCAAAAAGAGUCGGAAAGAGAGAGAACAGGAAAAUGAGAGGAAGGUGCAAGAGCUGACGGAGCAGAAUGAGCGAUUGAAAGCAGAGAUUGAAAGGUUGGGAGAGGAGGUACAGAGGACUCGGAGAGCUCUGAUUGAGCGGCUAGUCAACACCAGAAAAUGAGGUAGAGAUUAAAAGGUUAAACAGAAUUAAGAAAAAAGGGGGUUGUGGGUUGUAAAAUUGUAAUAUGGUGGUCAAAUGCCUCUGAUUGGGAAACGAAAUGUAAACCAAAGAAAUGACAUAG